CCGCCAUAUUGAAUGUGUCAAGGGGCUGAACCUUCGAGACGUCGCCAGUCAUUUUCGUCGCUUGGCUGCUCGAAUCGUUCUGAUUACCAUCAGCACUCCUAACAAUCUUCCUCUUCGUUAAAAGCAAAACUGGUGACAAAUACAAUAAAUCCUAUACGUAAUUUGGUACAAUAUAGUGCAGAAACACGCAUCAACUUCAUUACCGGCGCUCCCACAGCUGAUCACGCACCUUUGUUUUUAAACUUUGCCGUCACAAACCCACCGGUCUUCAUUCCUGCCUCGCUCCUUCUGUCACUCGGACAAAACUCAACCGACGUCGGCGGCCGCAGAUAGCUGCUCCCCGCACAUGUAAGAUGGUGCUGCAACAACAGCAAACUCAUUUGUAAGACAAACGUUCGACACAAAACAAAAGCUCAACCAUGAGGGACCGACUGAGCUACAUGCAGGAAUUGUCCAGUAGCCACGUGGAGCCGAUGGAGUACGCCGAGUCGGCCUUGUCGGACACCCUCAGUAACGUGGACCUGGAGGACGAGCUACCCCACGAGGCGGUGGUGUUCGACAACAGCCCCGCCAUGACCAAGCUCUUCGAGCAGGCGCAGGAAAUUCACAAAGACGUCCAGCUCAUUCGUCUGGAGGUGAAAAGGCUCCGGGAACAGAACUCUCGCAUGUUCCAGAGCGUCACCACCAUGAGCACCGUCAAAAGGGACGCAAACGCCAUCGGCGCCGAUAUAAAGACACGGGCCGAACGCGUGCUAUCGCACCUGCGGGACAUGGAUAACACGGCCCGCAAGCUAGAAGAAGCGCACGGCCCCAAUUCGGCCAUCGCGCGCAUCGCCCGAACCCAGUACGCCUGCCUGAGCAACGGCUUCCGCGACGCCAUGUUUGACUACAAUGAAGCCGAGAUGAGCCACCGAGACAACUGCAAAGCUCAGAUCCAGAGGCAGAUGGAGAUUGUGGGGCGCGACGUGACCGGCGACGAGGUAGAGGACAUGAUCGAGAAGGGGCACUGGAACAUCUUCACCGACAACAUCAUGGCGGAGGGCAAGACGGCUCGCGCGGCUCUGUCCCAGAUCGAAAAGCGCCACCAGGAGCUGGUGGACCUGGAGAACCGCAUCAAGGGAGUCCACGAGAUCUUCCUGGAUGUCGCGCUGCUGGUGGAGGAGCAGGGCUCCAUGCUCGAUUCCAUCCAGACCAACGUUCAGACAACGGACGAGGUCUUGCAGGACGCGGUCUUCAAACUCGGCAAGGCCAAGCGUCACGACAGGAACAAUCCGUUUAAAAAGAUGUUUUGUAGUUGCUUCCCGUGCUUUGACUAAAGCAAGUAAACCUCAUUUAUCACGGGAGAUAUGUUCCAGAACCACCUGCAGUAGGUGAAAAUCGGCUGGAUGGAGAUAAGAGGCGCGAGAAUUGUGGCCGAAAGAAGCUUUUGCGCGCGUGCGCCCCGAGUCUCUUUGUGUUUUACUGUUCUCGAUAUUUCCUGAAUCUCCCCAACAGGAUUCAAAAAAAGUACCGAGAACAGAUGAAUCGAGUUUAGGUCCAGAAAAUCUUUUUAAAAGUACAACAGCGGCUGUGGCUCUUCUUUCCCACAUGCCAGGGCAUUAAAAUAAGCAAACUGUAAAAACCCUAAAAAACGAUCACUUAAAAAGAGACGCAAUAUAGCAGGCUCGCAAACGAUGAACCGUGAUUAUAGCGAGGGAACACUACACGUGUACCCAUUUUCUUAAUCCGCCCAACUCUGUAUUGAUUGGUACUGAACAGGUUUAAUAUUUACGAUGGUCGGCCCCGACCGUUUUCCGAGCAAAACGGGCAAGAAAAAGAAAAAAAAAAAUCACUCUUAAUACAACCCGCACCAUAAUCAGGAUAAUCAUUCAGAGUCAUCUGACAAUCUGCCGCCUCCUGAUUUGGAUCGCAAGUGAGGAAAAUUGUCGCUACGUGUGUUCUUCGUCAUAUGUGGAUUUUUUUGUGUCUCCAGGAAGUGAAACUUGAGUAUAAUAAGAGACUGAGGAUAAAAAAAAAUACUUUGGUGAUUGUGUUAAGAUAUUUGUAUGAAAGAUUUGUGAUGGGUAUCUCAAACCAGGAAACAAGAAAUAAUAAUAAUUUUGCACAUAACGAAUGAUGAUAAGCACAACUCUAUAAAACCAUAUUCCUCUGGGCUUGCCAAAGAAAAAACCCACCACAGUUCAAAGAAAUAAACUUUCCAAUACAUCCCCGCCCAAUGAAAAGCAUGUACAGAAUAUCCAGAUUAAUUUUUGUCGUGUCUUGUAUAAAAACACAAAAUUGUAAAUGCCAGAUUAUACAUUUUCCUGCUCAGAACUAUUGCAUGCUGUAUGUUUGACCCUUGGUAUGUAAAUAUACUGUAAAAAAAUGAAUGAGAAAACUGUUUAUAUUGUCCAUUAGAAUGUCUUUUAUGUCUAUGAUUUAUUGAAUUAUUGCUGCCUGAUGACCAAAAACCUUGUUUUCAUCCUUUUUUUGCACAAAACGAACACACACAAAAAUCCAUUGUUGAUUCCUUGUAUUCCUCUGUAACACUCAAGUGUGAGCUUCAAGGGAAUUCAUCGCUGUGGAUUUAUGUCUGCAACUUUUUUUUUCUUUUUUAAAAUUAAUCUCUGUUGUCUGUCAUUCAACCAUAAAAAAAAAAAAAAAACUAAUUAAAAACAUGUUCAAGUGAUGGAUCUUUAUUCAAGCCCUUACCGGAAAACAAAUUUCUAAAAAAGGUAAAUGAACGCCAUGAUGUAAUGAAUAUUUCAAAUGUCACGUACCCACGUGCCAUUUUGCAAAACACGGCAGCUCACUGAUUAGCAAAAAUACAUCGUGUGCUGGAGUUAAAAUAGAAUCUUUUCAAAGUAUUCCUUGCGGCGCGACGUCGACGAACAGGUCAACCCGGUCUUUGACUUUCUUACAUUUAACAAACUAUGCAAAGACACCUUCCAGGAAGAGUUGUUGCUAGAAAGGGAGGGCCUCCGUUUAAGGAUUGUGACGUCUGCAUGUACACCUGACAGCUACCCUUCCAUUUGACAGAAAUUUAAACAUCCUCUCUCAAGUUGUUCGGAUUUCAUAAAUCAAGAGGCAGGUGACCUGAUUUUGGAACUUGUGCGAGGAAAUCAGAAAAAGGAGGCAGAAUGCGGGACAUGCUGGAGAGGCUGCGAAAUGUUAGCGAGGAGUUGGAGAACAAUGAAGAAAUGGAAUAUGACGAGAGCAAGCUACCGACAGUUCAAGAGGCAAUCGUCUUUGAGAACUCCUUGGACAUUGAGAGCAUCCUGAAGGAAGCCGAGUCCAUACGCAAGGAGAUUUCCUUGCUCCUCUUGGAGGUGGAGCGCCUGAACAAGAACAAUGAGCGUUUUCGCACCACUGUCCGCCACUUUUCCACAGUCAAGAGGGACUCGGACAACAUCGCCAGGGGGAUCCAGAAGCAAGGCCAACAGCUGCAUACUCGAAUUUUGGCACUGGGUGAGGAAAGCAAGAAGAUGGAGAAAAGGGAGGGGCCCAAGUCAGCUUCCAGUCGCAUUGCUUGUAUGCAAUAUGACUCGCUCAUCCUUGCCUUCCAAGCUGCCAUGGGGAAUUACAACCAGGCGGAGGAAAUGCAGCGGUUCAUUUGCAGGGCGCGAAUCCAGCGGCAGGCCUCCAUAUUAGGGACUAAAAUCACUGACCAGCAACUAGAUGAAAUCGUAGACAAAGGGUGCAAAGGCUGGAGCGAGUUGUCCCAAAGCCUGCCGACCCAAGAGGGCCACUCCUCCCGCUGGGCAAUGAACGAAAUCAAAGACCGACACAAGGAGCUGGUGGAACUGGAGGCCCGGCUCAAGGAAGUCCACGAACUGUUCCAGGAAGUGGCCGCGCUGACGGAAGAGCAGUGCUCCAUGCUCAAUAACAUCGAGGCCAACGUGUCGCACACUCAGCACUAUAUUCAGAAAUCCAUUGUCGACAUCAACAGGGCAAAACAGUACAAGAAAAAAAAUCCAUUUUUGCAAUGUUGCCCAUGUCUACCCUGUUGGUCAGAAUAAACUAAAACAAAUAUUA